AUGGUAUCAUCCAAAGACAUUGCGCAAGACGCUUGGCGGCGGACUGGCUCCAUCAAUAUCGCUCUAAUAUCGACGUGCGGAAUUUCGUUGUUGGUAUGUCUUAUCAUAAGCCUCGAGAGACCAGGAACCUCCAUAAAUGGAACUACUAUUAUAUUCGAAGGAGAAUGCAACCGCGCGUCUGGGCUUAACACGAUACUUCACCUACUUCUCAAUAUACUAUCAACCGGUAUCUUGGCGUCCUCCAACUACUUCAUGCAAAUUAUAAGCUCCCCAUCACGUAAAGAUAUCGACAAAGCUCACAUGUUCCUACACUCUCUAGAUAUUGGAAUACCGUCUUUUAAGAACAUGGGGCUUGUUUCCCAUUUUAAAAGAACGUGCUGGAGUGUCUUGCUCUUAUCAUCUCUUCCUAUACAUCUUUUUUUCAACAGUACUAUUUUCGAAACACAAUUCCAAGGCUCGAAUUGGCACGUUACUAUUGCAACUAAAGCUUUUACGCAAGGCGCGGACUUCUUCCCCCCAGGGGCUAGCCUAGCACCUGCCGGAUCAACACACCCUGCGUAUUAUCUUUCCAAUGAAUCUUCUCAUGGUAAUUGGCCCACCGGCUUCGGCGGUAUGGUUCCCCUGGAACAAUACUCGGAUAAAAUGUCAGAGCCUAUGCAGGAUAUCAGCAAGGCAGCAACAAAUGGGAGAAACUGGGAUAAUUUGGAUCCCAAUACCUGUCUUACUGAGUAUAGUUCUUGCAAGCCGAGAAACCAACACCGCGACGUGGUUAUCGUUGUUGAGAAAGGCAUUAACAAUAAUACAAGGGGAUGGAGUAGGAUCGAAGUCUUCAACUUAACUUAUGACCUGUCUCUGCAAUGGGACAAAUACGUCCCUCCCAAUCGUGUCAACUCGUUAUGGUACUCUACACAGUGCAACAUAACCCGAGCAGAAAGAUACGACGAGGAGGAUUGCAAUAAUAAUUGCAGGGAAAUAUUUCCAACCAACAACAUGACGAAAGACAUAAAUGGAUCUAUGUCAUCAGACUGGAUGAUUUCUUUACACCAAGGGGUGGAGUUGUCUCCAGUUGUAAAGGCUACAUUUGGUUUUAAUGAGAAGUUUGACAACUUGUCGGUCAAGCACUGUCUUGCCGAACCUUAUCCAAGAGUCUGUAAGGUCGGUCUAUCCAAUAUGUUGUUGCUUGUUGUCAUUAUCUGCACAUUUACCAAAGUUAUCCAGUGCGCCGUGAUUCUCUGGAAGCUACCGGAAUACACAAUCGUUACUCCAGGUGAUGCCAUAGCAUCCUUUAUAACUAAACCCGAUGCCCACACGAGCGGGCUUGGGUCACUGGAUAUUCUUGAUAGCCAUCGGCUUAAUAAUCAACCUCGCCGAUUCUGGUCAUCAGAUGAGGUAUCUUACUUAACAGAAACGACAAAACCUCGCCAGUGGUUUGAUCAAGAGAGGCGCUAUAUAUCAGCUAUACCUCGGGCUGUAUGGAUCCGUACGUAUAUUUUAUUACUGCUGCCUUCAAUGGGACUACUAUCUGCAGGGUUGGCACUCUCUUACGAGGCAAACAAUUUUUCCUUCCAGGGUCCAUUCGGUCAGUCCGACACAAACCGAAGAAGUGGUGGAAUGGACGAGGCUGGGUAUCUACUCGUGAUUAUUGCUGCUAAUAGCCCCCAGCUUCUAUUAUCAAUCUGCUACUUCUCUUACAAUGCAUUUUUUACCCGCCUCCAAGUUGAGCGGGAGUGGAACUCCUAUAGCCUAGAAUAUCAACCCCUUCGGGUUUCUCAUCCUAGAGGCCAGCAAGUCUUAAGCUAUAGGUUACAGCUACCUUAUAAGUAUAGCAUACCCCUCAUAGCUACGAGCGUGGCCUGCCAUUGGCUUUUGUUUAAUGCAUUAUUUUUGUAUAUAAUCGAAGGUGGAUUCUGGGGAAGAAGCUAUGCAGCAAGCACGAAAGCAUAUUUCCGGGUUUCUGACAACUCUUUGGUUGCUUUCGGGUAUUCACCGCCUGCUAUGCUGUCCAUCUUUAUUGUUUGUUGUGUCCUCGUACCCUUACCACUGCUCUUCAGCCUGCGAAAGCCCAAAGGGAAGAUGGUGGUAGGGGGCUCGGACUCCUUGGUUGUGUCAGCGGCUUGUCAUUGUCUUAUAUCUUCUUCGACCGAAGCUCAAAGUCAAACAAGUCCACCCUUGAACAACGAAGGCAAGUUAAGCAUAUACAUUUAUGAUUUCGAUGACCGGGAGGAAGGAAUGCUGCGAGAAUUGUCUCAGUCGAAAUUGAAAUGGGGUGCUACAUCUCUACCAAGUGACCUUGCCGAGGCCAUGAAUGAGCAGAGUGGAAAUGUAGUAAUGCACCUUGGCUUCGGGGGUGAAUCGUCUAAUGUUAGAUGUCCUGAAGAAGGGGAAUGGUAUGUGUAG